AGUUGAAGGCCACCCAUCUUAAAGCAUGCUGGCUGGGGAAUUCUGGGAGUUGAAGUCCACCCAUCUUAAAGCAGGCUGGCUGGGGAAUUCUGGGAGUUGAAGUCCACCCAUCUUAAAGCAUGCUGGCUGGGGAAUUCUGGGAGUUGAAGGCCACCCAUCUUAAAGAAUGCUGGCUGGGGAAUUCUGGGAGUUGAAGUCCAAAGUCAUAAAGUGGCCAAGGUUGGAGGCCCCUGGUUUAGAAGAUGGGGAGAACCUGAGUGGCCUCCUUGGAAAGAUGACCAAUUGGGUGGACUGAGGAGGCACUCAGGACAGCUGAAAGAAGAGUUCCCAGGUUCAGCGAUGGAACGCAGCUGGGAGCCUGAGCCCUUCUCUUCAAGACAAAAGUACAAGAAGGGACAUGCAUUGUACAACUUCGUCUUAAUCACCCUGUGAUUUCUUCAGAUCUUCUUGACUUCCUCCUGCAAAGAGGAAACGAAGCCAGCUUGAAAGAGGAACUCUCUUGGUUCCUUCUGUCCCACCAGAGCUCCUGGUCAAGAAAAAACAGAGGGAGCAUGUGGCAGCUUUGGAUCGUGGCCCUCUUUCAUCUUGCAGCCUUCCAAGAGGUGGAACAUGAUUCCAAAGAGGGAUCCAAGAGGGCUCUGCACGAAUUUCAAGAUGGGGUCACCUGGAACAAGACGGUGCUGGAAAAUGAGACAAGCACCACUUGGAGAUCAACAUGGGCGGUCAGCACAACCGCUUCUCUCCUGACCGUGCAAACCAGCACUGACUACAAAGCCAGGAGGCUGACUGCCCCAACCAUCACCGUCCGUGCCGAGAACGGGACCUGCUGGGUCCUCCUGAGAUGUGCAGUGCCAGAAGAGGAAGCCGGCAACCUGAAUUUCACCUGGCUGCAGGUCAACGGCAACGUGGUUCUCUCCACGGCGCAGACGCUGAACGUCACCCAGAAGCCUGAGCAGGGCGCCCCGGAUUACGUCUGCAUCGUUCGCAGCCAGGCGGGGGAACGUUCCAGUGUGGUUUCGUUGAAGAAGCAUUGCCAGGAUCCGCCUAUCACCAGCAAAUAUCUCUCGGCAUCUUUUUACGCAAAAUACAUCGUCCCACUUUUGAUCGUUCUUGUGAUCUUGCUGGUCCUCUUCUUAAUGUACAGACGAAAAAGAGGGAGAGAAAUACACAGCAGCAUGGAGUCCAUCAACGAGUCUUCAGAUUCCGACAACGAGGUGGGUCCUUCGGUGGAACAGAUGGCAGAGGUCAGCUUCCUUCCCGAGGGCGUUAAACCUCUCCCUCAGGACAACACGUCCAUCGCAGAAGCAGCCAUCAGCAACCAGGAACAGGCCUCUGAAACACCGAAGCAACUUUCAACUCAAGCAUGAUUUUUGCUUCAGAUCCUGGGUCACUGCCUUCUCCCCCAUGUUAUGGAGCGUUAAGGAUGGUGGAGUGGGGAAAGAGGUAAGAAGCCCUGGAAUGCCCCACACACAAGAGGAGGCACCUCCUGGCUUCCAAGACUGGAAUUGUAUCUCCAACUUCCCUGGUGGCAAAACUGCCAUCAAAGGAGCAUGACCAUUUUAGUCUUGCUUAGGUUCUUGGCAGUUUUGGCCAGACUCUCUUUUUGGAUAAUUUUCCGAGAAUUGGAACUGGAAAAGACCACACUCGGAAUACUAUAUCCAAUUCUGGUCACCACACUAUAAAAAAGAUGUUGAGAACUUGAGACCCUGGAAGAAAUGCAGAGAAAAGCAACAAAGAUGAUUAGGAGGCUAGAGGUUAAACCAUACAAUGAGCUAUGUUCCUGUAUUUGAGGGGCUGCCACAGAGAGGAGGGGGUCAAGCUAUUUUCCAAAGCACCUGAAGGCCAGACAAGGAAUAAUGGAUGGAAACUGACCAAGGAGAGAUUCAACCUGGAAAUAAGGAGAAAUUUUCUGACAGUGAGAGCAAUCAACCCAUGGAACAGAAGUUGGCUUCGGAAGUUGUGGGAGCUUCAUCCCUAGAACCUUUCAAGAAGAGACUGGAUCUGUCAGAAAUGGUGUUGGGUCUCCUGCUUGGGCAGGGGGUUGGACUAGAUGGCCUACAAGGUCCCUUCCAACCCUGUUCAUCUGUAAAAUCUGUAAACAAUUGAGGGAACCAGGAAUAUCUAGCAUGACAAAGAGAAGGACUAGGAGUGACAUAAGACAAUCUUCCAAUAUUUGAGGGGCUAUCUCAGAGAAGAGGGGGGUCAACUUAUUCUCCAAGGCACCUGAAGGCAGAACAAGAAGCCAUGGAUGGAAAAUGAUCAAAGAGAGGUCUAAUUUAGAACUAAGCAGAAAUUUCCUGAUUGAUGCAAAUUAAUCAAUGGACCGGCUUGCCUUCAGAAGUUGUGGAUGCUCCAUUGCCGGUUUUCAAGAAGAGAUUGGACAGCCAUUUGUCCAGAAUGGCCUUGAGCACUAGAAGACCUUCAGGGUCCUUUCCAAGCCUAUUAUUCUAUAGUGCAUGUUCCAAGUUGGAUGUUUCAUAUUAUGAUAUUUCUGCUCUUUGAGUGGGAGGUGAAGUGAGUUGCCCUUCUGGGUGUCUGAGGCCUUGUUCCACUCCCCUCUGAUGUUAGACAUUUGUGUGAAACCACUAGUAGUAGUCAUCCACCAAUUCUGGGCGACGUGUCAUCAGUCUGUAGGUGAUACCCAGUUAUCUACGCCUAUCCUGGGUUUGAAUGGAAGUCACCGUGGAAACCCUGACUGGGCCUCUAAAGGUUGUCAUGGCUUGGAUGAGUCAGAUUCCACAAGAGAGGGGCUACAAAAUGGAAUGAAUAAUCUUUUUUUUUUUAAUUGAAAAAGUUUUACAAAUCUUCUUUCUCCCCCGUUUCCC